UCAGUUUGUGCAUUGCCCGCAGAGAGAUGAGUUCCCCUCGUGCGGUUCUAGUCAGCCUGUUCCUGAUCUGCAGUCAGGCACUAGCUGACCUUUCUGGUGAUGCCCAGACUCUGGAAAAGUGCCUGCGGCAACUUAGUUCGCCGGAGAGCAUUGCUGGCGAUCUUCGAAAGCUGGAACGGUAUUCAUCUUGGACGCGGGAGGAGGUACCUUGCCUGAUGCGCUGCUUGGCCAGAGAAAAGGGCUGGUUCGACGUGGAGGAAAACAAGUGGAGGCUCAAGCAACUGACUGAGGACCUGGGCGCCGAUGUCUAUAACUACUGCAGAUUCGAGCUGCGCCGGAUGGGGUCCGAUGGCUGCAGCUUCGCCUAUCGGGGACUCAGGUGCCUGAAGCAGGCCGAGAUGCAUGCGGGCACCAGCCUGAGCACACUGCUACAGUGUUCCCGCCAGCUGAACGCCACCAACGUGGAGCUGCUGCAGUACAGUAAGCUGAAGUCAAAGGAACCUAUUCCCUGCCUCUUUCAGUGCUUUGCGGAUGCCAUGGGAUUCUACGAUCCCGAUGGAAACUGGCGGCUGGAAAACUGGAAGCAGGCGUUUGGGCCUUCCGGAAAUGAGGAUCAGUCUUCUGGCGCUGACUACAGUGGCUGUCGACUAAGUGGGACUCAGCGGGAGGUGGCGCUAAGCAAGUGCUCGUGGAUGUACCAUGAGUACAAAUGCUGGGAGCGAGUAAAUGGGAAUAAGCUAGUGGAGGACAACGAAGAGCAGUAGUAUUAAAUUAAUGGGACACUUGUCAAUGUCAAAAAUUAAUAAGCACAUUGUAAGAUCUAUAUAUUUCAAAAUUCGGAAAUAUUAUCUAGACAAAUGAAAGCAUACUUUUAUCAUUAAAUUAGUAUGUAAUCAUUUAU